UAUCCCUGCUGAACCGCAGGCUACAUCGCACGGCUGUCAUGGUUAUUUUAGCGGAUUUCUACAGAGAUAUUUCCUUGUAGUUCACACACAGAAGCCUCUCCGCGCGGCAGAGGCUCGCGACCAGCUGUGCGACGCGGCGCUGCCUCCCGGUUGAACGGCGGCAGGACGAUGGCACUGCGUUGGACGGUGUCUCCGUAUUUGUCCUCGGUGGUCUAUUAAGAUUAAAAUUAGCUAGAAACGUUACGUUUGACAUUUACGACGGGCUGGUGUGGGAGCGACCAUAAACACACCGCUGAGUAUGGAAAAGGAGUCAAGGUUUGAAGACCUCUGAUCAUAUUGGCUCCACAGCCAGCCAAGCAGCCAAUCAGGCAACAGCCAGGCUCACUGAGGAGGGAGACCAGCAGUGAGAGUGGAAGACCCUGCUACCGCACCCGCACCAUUUAACCCAUCCCUCUCCAUCGUCACCACCAUGUCUAUACCCAGCAGCAGCCCAGAAAAAGAGGGCUCUAGUGCAACUCCCCCUCAUUUAGAGUGCCCCUCUUCACCUUCUGGCAUGGACCCAGACCCCCCGUCGACGGGCAGCCCAGUGCUCAGCCCAGACUCAUCUUCCCAUGAUGCAGUGCUGUCAGCACCAGCGGCCUCCCCGGCAGACUCAGAGAACCUGAGUCCUGAUGAGCUGGAGCUGCUGGCCAAACUGGAGGAGCAGAACAGGUUGCUGGAGGCCGAUUCCAAGUCUAUGCGGUCGAUGAGCGGUUCACGGCGCAACAGCGGCUCCUCGCUGGUGUCUAGCUCCUCGGCAUCCUCCAACCUGUCGCACCUGGAGGAGGAUACCUGGAUCCUCUGGGGCCGCAUCGUCAACGAGUGGGAAGAGUGGAGACGCAAGAAGGACAAACUCCUGAAGGAGUUGAUCAGGAAGGGCAUCCCUCAUCAUUUCCGGGCCAUUGUCUGGCAGUUGCUGGGCAACGCCACUGACAUGCCGGUCAAGAAUCAGUACUCUGAGCUGCUAAAGAUGUCAUCUCCCUGCGAGAAGCUCAUCCGCAGAGACAUCGCCCGCACCUACCCCGAGCAUGAGUUCUUCAAAGGCCAGGACAGCCUGGGGCAGGAAGUCCUCUUCAACGUCAUGAAGGCGUACUCACUGGUGGAUCGAGAGGUGGGCUACUGCCAAGGCAGUGCAUUCAUCGUUGGUCUGCUGCUCAUGCAGAUGCCGGAGGAAGAGGCGUUCUGUGUUUUCGUUCGCCUGAUGCAGGAGUACCGUCUGAGGGAGCUGUUCAAACCCAGCAUGGCUGAGCUGGGACUCUGCAUCUACCAGUUUGAGUAUCUGCUACAGGAGCAACUUCCAGAGCUGAAUGUCCAUUUUCGAUCCCAGAGUUUCCACACAUCCAUGUAUGCCUCCUCCUGGUUCCUCACUCUAUUCCUCACUUUCCUUCCACUGCCUGUCGCCACACGCAUCUUCGAUAUUUUCAUGUAUGAGGGUCUAGAGAUUAUCUUCCGCGUAGGCCUGGCCAUCCUGCAGUACAACCAGACUGACCUCAUUCAGCUGGACAUGGAGGGCAUGUCGCAGCAUUUCCAGAAGGUGAUCCCCCACCAGUUUGACAGCUGCCCAGACAAGCUGAUCCUCAGGGCCUACCAGGUCAAAUACAACCCCAAGAGGAUGAAGAAACUUGAGAAAGAAUACACCACAAUCAAGAACAAAGAAAUGGAGGAACAAAUUGAGAUUAAGAGGUUACGCACAGAAAACCGGCUGCUGAAGCAGAGGAUUGAGACGCUGGAGAAGGAGAGUGCCGCUCUGGCAGACAGACUGAUACAGGGUCAGGUGACGAGAGCGCAGGAAGCAGAGGAGAACUACGUGAUCAAGCGGGAGCUGGCAGUGGUGAGGCAGCAGUGCAACACAGCCAGCGAGAGCCUCGAGAAAGCGCAGGACACCAUCAGAGAGCUGCAGCAACAGAAGUACACAGAUCAGUUUGUGAGCACACUGCAGACCCAGCUGGAGCAGUCCAGACUGCGUGAGGCUGAACUGCUGGGAGCGCUGAAAGAAAUGCAAGACAAGGUCCUCGACCUGGAGAAGAGAAGCACUUGCCUGCCAGAUGAAAACAACAUGGCGGCUCUGCAGGAGGAGGUGAAGCAGAUGAAGCUGAGGGAGCUGGAGACGCUGCGUUCAUUCAGAGAGAUGCAGGACACCGUCACUGAUCUCAACCAGCGCUGGCAGCAUCACAUGUCCCGCGGCAGCAGCACAGGAGGUGGGGGUGGCCACUGGAAGGAGUCCCCAAAGAAGAACGCCAUGAACGAGCUGCAGGACAAACUGAUGACGGUCAGACUGAGGGAGGCCCAAGCUCAGGCUGAGCUCCGAGAGGUCAAACUCAAAGCCCUGCAGCUGGAGAGCCAGAAUCAGAUCCACAGCAAGCUGAUUGGUCGCAAUGAUCAGGAGCGCUCCGCCCUGCAGGACCGGCUCCAGAUGCUGGCCAAUCAGAACAAAGCUCUCCAGGCUCAGCUCAACGAGAUGAAAAGGAAGCAGGCCGAGUCCGACUGCAAGAGCAAAGAGGAGGUGAUGGCGGUACGACUGAGGGAGGCAGACAGUAUGGCUGCCAUGGCUGAACUCAGGCAGAAGAUCGCCGAUCUUGAGAUACAGAAGGAGGAAGGGCUGAUCCAGGGCCAGCUCAACCAUUCAGACUCCAGACAGUACAUCAACCAGCUCCGGGACCAGAUUGCUGAGCUGAAGAACGAGAUCAGGCAGUUGCGAGGGCAGAAGGUGGCCCCCAGCUCCAGGGUCAGUGGCGGAGGCGGAAGUACCAACUACCAGGAUCUCUGUCUGGCCAGCCCCGCCUCAGCCGAGGGGGACUACCUGAGCUCAGACGAGGACCUCCUCCCCAGCCCGCUGCCUCCCAGCGCCCUUUACCCCAGCCUGUCCGGUCCGUGUCACCCAUCUGCCCGCCUCGACAGCGAGGGCAGCACGGACAGCGAGGUAGAAGAGCGGGUUCUCACGCAUCCGGACCCACAGCAGCUGUACGGCAGCAUGGUGUGCGCCGAGGCGCUGGAUAACUGAGACCUGCAGGGGGUGUGAAGGUUUCAUUGGAUUUCUUUAAGCUAAGAAGACACUGGAGCUCUAUAGGACAGGACUGUAAACUGGGGCUGUAUUAUCCAAUCCAGUCCUCCUCCUCGGCUUUUCCAGUGUUUACCUUUUACUUGAUGCAGACAUAGUGGCAUUGAUUGGACCUGAUCAUCUACCUGUUGUCUCUCCGCUCCUGUUACCACCUCCUCCACCUCGUUCCCAACACUGUCCGAUCCUGUGUUCCCUGACAAAGAGGUAAUGUAACGCCUCUCUCAUUGUUCCAAACUGCGCCAGAAAGCAACCAAACACAAACAUAUGACACACAAACAGACAAAAAGGACCGAACCUGGACCAGCAAGACUGUUGUUGCCUCUCGCUACUCGAGAUCGACCACUGGACCUGAACCUGUGACGAGGAGUUGAAACGACGUGGGUAGACAGAAAAUAACUACUCCCUCUUCCUAUAAACUGAGUGAUGGACAAUUGACACACUGUCUACCCUUAUAUGACUCUCCUUCCUGAUUGGUUCAGAGUUAAAUAGUCUUUAUCCUCUCUUUUCCCUUUUUAUGCUCUCUUUAGGAAGACAUACAAAAAAAUCGUACAUUGAUUUACCUCUCAGUGGACCACGUGUUAAAAAAGAAAACUAAAAAGGUGGUGAGUCUGAGUUGGAGAGGUGCAGUGUAGGAAUAUGUACACAUCACACUGGCAUUCAUUUAUGAAUCAUGAACACUUUAACAUACCUAACAUGUGUGUCGUUGUCUGUGGCGUGCAGAUGACAAGAAGCCAACGAGUUCAUAGAACAGCUCAUCUCAAAAACAAGUUCACCCACAAAACAAGGAAGGAAGACACUCAAUGUUGCCAAAUCUUUUGUUUUGUUUUAUUUUUAUUAUUUAUAUGUUGUAAUUUAUUUUGAUAUAUUCUUUUUAUUUUUUAUACAUCUAUAUGAAACUAUAGGAGUGUAGAGAUACCGACAGAGGCCAAACUUUGUACACCGUCCUUUGUGCCAACUAGUCGUCUGUUACAGGUCCACUGUGACACUGAUUGUUUCAAAGACCGAAAAAUGUGCUGCUAUGAUUUUGGAUUUACUUCUUCCAUUUUGUUUUUUUAUGUUCUUUUUUUUUUCGGUAAUCUUUGUGAGGUGAACAUGCGACCUCCUGUUAACUCUGCCGUAAAUAUUUGGUUGACAACAACUGUGGAGACUGAUCAACUAUGAAAACUGAGAUUACUCCCUGGAGCUUCUCAACAUUUUGCAAAAAUGGGAACAAUUUGGUUUUCUUUCAAACCAAGCAUUAUCAUUGUGUUUGUGUGAGUUAAAGGAAUAGUUUGACAUUUUGGGACAUUUCUUUUUGCUUUACUGCUGAGAGUUGGAUGAGGAGAUCGACACCACUUUCCUAUCUGUCAUAUGUGACGCUGCAGUCAGGGCAUAGGUAGCUUAGCUUAGCGGAGCAUAGUGACUUCUUGCACAGCCAAGAAAAAGUCCAGCCUGUAAACUUGUUUUUACACAGUUUUUGGAUGGGACUGAGUCAUUAAACUGUGGCCACAAGUGGUGUAACGGUAAAUGCUUAAAACACUGAGGGGGAAAUUCACAAAGAAAGAAUUGCGGCUGCUGGCAGCACCAUGAAUUGUGCAUCACUUGCAGCCUCUAUAUGCCCCAAAAGACAAUGCACUAAUGAGAUUACGGUGCAAAUAAGCCUGUAAAGCUUUGCAGCUGACAGAAUUAGCCCUUUUUCGUCUGUUUGCAGUUGUCAACAUGGUAGAAACACAGUAGGCUGAACAAAGGCAGAAUGGAAAAGAAAGCUGAAAGUUUCAGACUGCAAGCAUAACAUCCCUGUCUAUCAGUGUUGUCAGUGUUUUUAAACAUCAUGCCUGGCAUGAAGAUGCUGUCGCCUGGCUACAGUCACUGCUGCUAUGACUUUUGUGCCAUCAGUGGGGGGUGCCCUGAUAAAUAGUCUUCAGUCACCACCAGCUCUCUGAAGAUGCUAAUAAAUUUUCUCUGUAACUGCGUGUGGCUGUUAGCGCUGAUCUUUGUGAAUUGGACUGUUUUGCAAUGAGGCUCAUGUGAAUAUAGAAAAGGGGCCAACUCUGUGCCAAAUGUGCGCACCUUACCUAAUAUAAAUAUGUGAAAAUAGCACAGGAGCAAGAAGACACUAUUUGCUUGGCAGUGUGUAGUUAGGGCUGCAUUUCACUGUGCACGUGCUGUGUUGUGAGAAUUACAUGCUGAACAUAGCAUAAGCUGAACUCUUUAGUUCUGUUUUCCCUUGCAGCUCAUGUUUGUGUGAGUCACAGAUUUGUCAAUCCAGUCAGGGCUGAUCAGAUCAGAGCAAUGGAUGAGAGUAACAGCUGCUGAAGAGACAAGUGAAUGCAAACUUUUAGACCCAAGGCAAUCAAUGAUUGAGUUUCACUUUUACCGCGCCGGACAGUCUUCUGCUCCGUCUGUGCCCAGAGUUCACUCUGCACUCUGAGAGUGUUGUGCAGUGAAAUGAAAUGAAACGGUAAUGAAGCGGUAGCCUAUAUUUAUUCCAGUAGCGCACCUGAUGAACAAUCCAGCUCCAAAAGUAUCAAAUCAAUAUGUGAUGGCAGAUGGUUUAAUUGUGGCAGGCCGCCAUAAUUAAAUAAAUGUGUGGGAAACCCUGGUGUUAUUUGUUCAGGUGUAGCUGCUACAAAAGCCACAGAAUCCACUUUGUGAAUACGCCCAUGAGUAACAUUAGCACAAGUAGAAAAGGAUCAUAAAGUCAGAAAAGUAAAGAACAGACUCUGUAAUCACAAUAACAACUACAAAUACAGUGUACAAUGCAGCAUCUAUCUAAGAUUUGCUAACGUUAGCUAACAUGAUAAGCUACUGCUCAUACCAGACCAAGUGAGGAUGUAGCAGCCAGUA